AUGUCGGGAAAGCGUCUGCUGGACGCCAUCCAGCUCUUCAAUGUCGCCAAGUCCGUUGCAGGGAAGCACCUUGCCGUGCGCCAACGCCAGCUUGAUGUCUUUACCAGGACCUCCUCGCUCACCAAGGGCGUUAAGGCGCAGGCCGACGGCCUAAUUAUCACCGCGCAGGCGGCAGCCGCGUUGGCCAAGCGAUUCAACGAGCCCGAUUCCUCUGACUUCUCGCCGAAGUCCCAACCUGCCGAUGCCCCUCGUCCGCCGUACCAACCAUCGCACGCCGCGGCAUCGCUUUCCCCGGAAGAAGCAAGGAGGCCACAGGGACAAUCGGAGACGCAGAUUCCUUCGAAGGCUGCUGGACACUCGGUGGCAGAUGGGACAAGCAAGGAGGACAUCAGCGCGCAGCAGGAAACAUUUUACAAGCCAUCUCAAGCAUCGACUCCGGACUCGCCCGGUCUUCCGCGAGUCACGUUGCCCCAGAAUGCUAGUGAUACCCAACAGAAUUUCCAGAGUCAGAUCAAUGCAGAUGUAUUUCACUCGUCCGCCGGCCCGGAGAAAUCCGCCGCGGCAAAGGAUGAGAUCCCGGAGGAAAUGAUGAGCGAGAUCUUCCACAGUCCAAAGGUGGCUCGGAUGCUUUCCAAGAAACCAGCUGCGGAGCCCAAGGGCUCGGUUGAGGCCCGUGUUGCAGAGGACAUUGCCUCGAGUAUACCAGAGGUGCGUGGAAUAGCCGCGGUCGAGAAGCAAACUUGGACAUUAACAUUCUCGGAACAGACAACGCCUGCAGCUGCCGCGGAACCCCAAGCACGUGAGACGUAUAAGAUGGUCGAAUCUCGAAUUCCCUCGUCUCGACUAGGAAGGCUCUGGCAAUAUGGUGGACUGGCAACUUCGAUGGCUUUUGGUGCGGUUGGCGAGGGGCUGAGAAGGGUAACUGGUAGCGCAGAGGACGCCAAUGGGUCGAUUAUACUCAGCGCAGGAAACAUGGAACGACUGGUGGCCAAGCUCUCCAAGAUGCGCGGAGCUGCGCUCAAAUUGGGGCAAAUGAUGAGCUUCCAAGACUCCAAAAUGCUUCCGGAGUCGCUGAACGUGGUCCUCCAACGGGUCCAAGACCGGGCAGACUACAUGCCUGCCUCUCAACGCGAUAAAGUUCUGGCCGACAACCUAGGCCCCAACUGGCGCGAUCUGUACACAUCAUUUGACGAGAUCCCCAUGGCUGCCGCUUCAAUCGGUCAAGUCCAUGGCGCCGUGCUCAAGAAGACCGGCCAGCGCGUCGCGGUGAAAGUCCAGUACCCCGGCGUAGCGGAUUCCAUUGACUCCGACCUGAACAAUCUGUCGCUCCUGCUCACGGCCUCGCGCAUGCUCCCUCGUGGCCUCUACCUGGACAAGACCAUCGCCAACGCCCGAACGGAACUCGCCUGGGAAUGCGACUACAUCCGCGAAGCCGAAUGCGGCAACCGCUUCAGAGACCUCCUCCGGGACGACCCUGUCUUCAUGGUGCCCGAAAUCAUCCCCGAGGCGUCCGGCCGCCACGUUCUAACAAUGGAGCGCCUGGAGGGCGUCGCCGUCACCAAAAUCCAGGACUUCACCCAGGAGCAGCGCAACUGGAUCGGCACGCAGAUUCUGCGUCUCUGUCUGCGCGAGAUCGCCGAGUUCAAAUACAUGCAGACUGACCCCAACUGGACCAACUUCCUCUACAACGCGCAGACCAACCGCCUCGAGCUGCUCGACUUCGGCGCCUCGCGCGAAUACCCCGACGAGUUCAUCACCCAAUAUAUUCACACCCUGCGCGCAGCCUCCGUCAACGACCGCGAGACCUGCCACCGCCUGUCCAUCGAACUGGGCUACCUCACCGGCCACGAGUCCAAGGCCAUGGUCGACGCCCACGUCACCUCGAUCCUCACCCUCGCUGAACCCUUCAUGGACUCUUCGCCAGACGUCUACAACUUCAGCAACCAGACCAUCACGGACCGCGUGCGCGGCCUGAUCCCCGUCAUGAUUCACGAGCGACUGGCCCCUCCCCCCGAGGAGACAUAUAGUCUGCAUCGCAAGCUGAGCGGGGCGUUCCUGCUCUGCGCACGACUGGGAAGUCAAGUCCGCUGUAAAGAUCUGUUUGCAGACGCGAUGAAGAAAGCCGAUGCGUCUGGUCUCGGCGCUGGAUCCCAAUAA